AUGCCACCCAAACAGGUGGCAUCGCCGGAGCUGCGACCUCCGCCUAAGAAGGAGGCCGUGGCACCUAAGGCAGCGUCUUCCUGCUCUGUGUGGGGCGACCUGGACGACUUGCGGCCAGUAAGAGGAAAUGCAGACCAACAAUUUCCCGACAUAUCCUCGGGCCCACAGUCUAAGAAGGAGAAGCAGAAGACUGCGGCUAAGAACCUUGUGGAGCCCGUUGCCAAGCAUCCAGUCCAGGCGACUCACAAGUUCGGCCAUGCGCAGCGAGCUGCACCGACCUUUGCCUUGCAGGACUUGAUGAAGCCGUCGAAGAAGGGCAGAUCGGCCAAGAUUUUCUCGGGCAAGGCUGCGCUUCCUCAGCAGACUGGAGCAUUCGUUGAAGAAGGGGCAGGCGACCCCGAGCUUGAUGCCGAGCCCGCCGAGCCCGUGCAGAAGCCACCGUCUCCUAAGAUGACACCGAACGGGAUCCUGCAGCGUGCCCCGCGCGAGAAGCGCGACGAUGGCAGCCGGCGAGUGCGAGAUCCCAAGGGAGAGGACACGGAGGAUGUUGAAGUGACAAUCCAGACGCAAAUGAAGAUCGAUCCGCAGAAGCCGCUGCGCAUCCUUCAGAAGUCUGCAGAAGAGAAGGCCAAGGAGCAGGAGGCUCAUGCACCCCGAGUGGAGCCGCGGACAGAGGCUUCCAGCAAGGGUGUAAGCAAAGGCGAAGGCAAGCAAGGCAAAGGCUCCGGCAAGUCAAAGGACAAGGGCAAAAGCAAGGGCAAGGGGCGUGGACCUCGCAUUUACGGCGAGGACUCUGAUGCCGAGUGGAGCGUCGCCUCUUCGCAUUCGAAUUCAGAGGAGGAGAAGGAGAGCCCGCUGAACGAGAGCUCCCCAGUAGUCGUCUCCUCCGAGGAUGAGGACUCCUGGGCUGCGAAGCCCUUCGCACACCAGGAGAAAGGCCAUGGCAAGGAUGCCAAAGGCAAGGGCAAAGGCAAAGCAAAGGGAAAGGACAAGAAAGGCGGAAAGAAAGGAUGGAUCGUCAAGACAAAGUCCAACGAUUCUGAAGAGGAGGAUGAGGAGGUGCAUGAGACGCCUGCUGCACCUGAGACACCAGCAGUGCCCGAGACGGGCAAGCAACAAUUCGAGAAGAGACAGAGGAACCUCAAGAGUGUCCUUGAGUCUCGAGCUGCCACGCGAGCAGAGGCGGAGCGACAGAGAAAGAUGCUGCGCGAGAAGGCCGCCGGUGCAGAGGUGCAGCCUGUGAAGGUGGAGGAAAAUUCUCCGACGUCACCGGUGAACACCGAGCAAAAGCAGGAGGACGAGGAGGAGCCGCCCGUCGUCCCACAGUCUAGCAUCCUUAGUGAGGAGGCUAUGGGCCGACUGAAUCCCGUCGCAGACACAGGCCUUGCCUUGGGCAUUGGCAUGGUCUGCGUGCAGGGUGAGGAGAAGCAGGUAGAUUCCCAUGAGCUCCUUGAUUUUGAAACAGUGAAGAAUCGGACCGAAAAGAAGGCCGAGAUGCGUGAGCAGCGUCGGGUUCAGGAGGAGCAAGCCACACGAGCUGCUAUCCGACGUGAAGCCCAGCGCCAGCGAGACAUGCGUGCCAAGGAAGCGCAGGAAGCUAAGGCCAGCCAAAUGGCGACGGAGGCUCAGGCUCAGGCACCACGCCAGCAGACGAUCAAGCUUGCCGAUCUCAGGCGCAAUGUGGGCAAAGAGCGGAUGGAGUCCGAAUCGGCAGAAGCUGCCCAGGAAGAGCUGGCGGCUCACGUCGAGGCUCCGCGCCGUCAGGCCAUGAAGCUCUCCGACCUGAGGUACAACGUUCCGGAGGACCAGCCGCUGAAAGCAGUGCCUCCGCCGGUGCCCCCGCCGCGGCAAGAGACGUGGACCGCUGGGGAGGGCUUGCCAUAUCCGACGCACGGACCACCACCCUACCGCCCGCCUGAUGUGCGUGAGCAGGUACGGAAAAUCUUGAUGGCGGAGAGGAGAGCAUUCAGCGCAGGCGAGGCCAACAGAAACCCUUUGGUGACGGCCCCACCGCCAACGUCCCACGUGACACCCGUUCCUCCGCCCGCCCCAAUGCCGCGGGCCUCGGCCCCCUCGGUCCCUUCGGCACCGCGACGAGGCUUCCAGGAAGGCAAGGGAGCCGGCAAGCCGUUCGGAGAUGCAGACGGCUGGGAGACCUGGUCCCCAGACGAUUGGAAAAGGUCCGAUUACUGCCCUGAAUGGGCCUGGGCGGAGGAGGAAGCUUCGCACGCCAAGGGAGCCGAGGAGAGAAGGAGGGAGAUCAUGGCGGCGGCGAACGAAUGGAGGAACCGUAAGGCUUCCGCCAAGGGCAGCAAAAGCAGCCCGAAAGGAAAAGGAGAAGUCAAAGGAAAGGCGGAGAGCAAAGGAAAAGCCCCAGUCAAAGGCAAGGGCGAUAGCAAAGGCAAAGCCGAUGCAAAAGGCAAAGCAGAUGGCAGAGGCAAAGGCGACAGCAAGGGCGGAAAGUCCAAGGGCGCGAAGGGCCAGUCAAAAGGCGCUCAGUGGUGGCACUGA